AUGUGUAAAUCAUCCACUCUUGCUUUUGUUUUAAUCUUUGCGUUUUUGUUCAAGUUGGAAAAGCCGACCUGGAAGCUGGUGACUAUUAUUGUUAUUAUUACAGUGGGCGUUGUAUUGAUGGUAGCCAACGAGACCGAAUUUGACGUUGUAGGGUUCAUGCAGGUCAUGUCAGCUGCUGUUUGUGGUGGCCUCCGUUGGUCACUCACAGAAGUGUUACUACGUAGAGAAAGUAUGGGCCUAACCAACCCGUUUGCUUCCAUUUUUUUCUUGGCUCCUGCUCAAGGUAUCAUUUUGUUUGUUAUUUCUGGUCUUGUGGAAGGAUAUAUCACAAUUUUCAAUAGUGCUUUCUUCAUUUCUUUUGCUGAAGGGUUGAAUACUAUUGCUAUCAUUCUUGCGGGCGGUUCACUUGCAUUUUGCAUGAUCGUCUCUGAAUUUUUCUUAAUCAAACGCACUUCCGUCGUCACUCUCAGUGUUUGUGGUAUUUUCAAAGAAGUAGCGACUAUUUUCAUCUCUAUGCUUGUCUUUGGUGACGUUCUCACUAUUGUCAAUACAAUCGGUUUAUGUAUUACUUUAUUUGGUAUUGGUUUGUACAAUUGGUUUAAAUUCAACAUCGUAUCAGCAAGAACGCGUAAGGAAGCGGCCGAGCUGGAAAAUGAAAGGAUACUUGCCAUAGCGGAAGAUAAUGAGCGGAAUAGAGAGGAUGACGCUAUGAAGGCCUCAUCAGUAGAAGAUGUUGAUGAGGAUAUAAAUAUGGUUGACGAUGUUGAAGAUGAGGAGAAUAUGAGCGAAACACAAGAGCAAAACAGCGGCGAUUCGAGUGAAGAAGAUGACGAAGAUGUAAAUAGUUUGAAUGAGUCUGAUCUAGACGACGAAGCUGAUGAUUUGGAGUCUGAUGAAGACGAUGAAGUAGAAGAAAUGGAUGUAGAUGGUUUAGCAAAAAAACGAACAAAUAAAUAUGAUACAGAGGCAUUUUCCAGUGCUAUGACAAAGAUUCUAUCGCAUAAGCUCAGUGGAUCUGAUAAAAAGCAACCAAUUUUGGCGAGAUCAAAAGGCGUAGAACGUAAAAUUGAAGAUGAAAAAUUAGACUAUAAAGCGCGUAAGAUACUAGCUGCUCAGAAAAAGGCAGCAAAAGAGAAAGGACGUGUGAUUCCAGACUUUACAACAUUUGAUUACGAAAAGAAAUUAAGGAAGGUAGCGACCAGAGGUGUAGUGAAGCUAUUCAAUGCUAUUAGAACACAACAAAAAAUGACAGAAGUAGCAGUGAAUAAUGCAGCUUCGACGAAAAAGACUUUAAAUGCCAUUGAAAGGGCUAAAGAUGUGUCCACUAUGUCAAAAUCUAGCUUUUUAGAUCUCUUGAAGUCUGGCAAAAAAUAA